GGUUUAAAACGCCACACCUCAUGCCCAUGGGGGGCAAGGCAACCCCCCAACUCACUUUCGUGCACAGCUCACUUUCCAGCGCGGUUCGGCUCGCUCGCCAGCCAGUCUACGGUCUCCUGCCCGACUGCCUCCCUCCCCUCCCCCCCUCGCCAAACCGAGCUCCGUCAUCAUGCUGGCUCCGCUGCUGCAUGGAUCCAUGGCGCUCCCCCACCCCCGCGCCGCCGCCUAUGUAUAGUAGCCUUCCUUGCUAGCCCAUCAUCCAUCCAUCCAUCCAUCCUCUCGUGUCUCUCAGUUCGUCAUAGCUAGCGAGGGGCAGACAGGAUGCAGGACCUGUUCUCGGUGCCCUCCUGCUUCUCGUCCGGCGAGAAGCAGCUGCCGGACGCGCCGGCGUCGGCGGCGCCGGCCACCAGGUCGGGGCAGAGCGCGGUGACGCUGGUGUACCGCGCCGUGAUCUCCGGGCAGAGCCGGCUGGUCACCGUGACGUGGUGCAGGAACCUGCUGGCCCACGGCAUGCAGGUGUCCAUCGAGGGGUCGGCCGGCGGCGGCAAGGACAAGAGCGGCGGCGGAAGGGAGCACGGCAGCGGCGGCGGCAUCGAGGGCGGCGGCGGCGGCGCCAAUAAGAGCUGCAGCGCGUGCAAGGUGGAGAUGCAGCCGUGGCACUUCUGGCGCAAGUACGGGGCCAAGCAGUUCCAGGUGGACGGCCGGCCGGUGGACGUGGUGUGGGACCUGCGGGCCGCGCGCUUCUCCGACGAGCCGGAGCCGGUGUCGGACUACUACGUGGCGGUCGUCUCCGGCGAGGAGGUGGUGCUCCUGCUCGGCAACCAGAACAAGGAGGCGUUCCGGCGGACGGGGUCGCGGCCGUCGCUCUCGCUGGGGGACGCGGCCAUGGUGUGCAAGAAGGAGCACGUGUUCAGCAAGAAGCGGUUCCUGACCCGGGCCAGGUUCCACGAGAAGGGCAAGCUGCACGACAUCAGCAUCGAGUGCAGCAGCGGCAACCUCGGCGGCGGCGGCACGGACGUGGACAUGGCCAUCAAGAUCGACGGCUGCGUCAACGUGCUCGUCAAGCACCUCCAGUGGAAGUUCAGGGGCAACGACUGCAUCUCCAUCAACAAGAUGAAGGUGCAGGUCUACUGGGACGCCCACGACUGGCUCUUCGGCACCGGCAUGCGCCAGGCCCUCUUCAUCUUCAAGCCCCAGGCCCCCUCCCCCUCGCCAUUGCCCGACUUCGCCGCCGCCCCCGCCGCCGACGAGUUCUCCGAUUUCUGCCUCUUCCUCUACGCAUGGAAGAUCGAAUGAGCUCCCUCGCUCGCUCGCUGGCUAGCUAGGUGCUCUUACCUACAUUCGUUUGUUACUGCCGCCACAUUACAGAGCGGAUGAUGAUGGACAUUUCACCAUGUUAUGAGCAAGAUACUACUACCAUGUAAUGUGACAAUGUGUGUGUAAGAGGGGGAGUGAAUGUCUGUCUGAUUGAGGUUGAGGUUGAGGGCCUGAGGCCAUUCUUCUC